AUGAGCCGAACCCUGCAGCUUUGUCUAUUUUUGGCGGUUCUCUCGACUGUGGCGCUGGGCCGGAAGUGCUACAAUUGCUCGAGCUUCGACCCGCACUGCGACGACAACUAUGCACGUUAUUUGAUUGAUUGCCCCCCGAUCAAGGUGAACGGCCAGGAGAAGCUCGUCGUUGGGUGCCGGAAGAUCGAUCAAUGGGUCUAUGAUGAGCACACAAUGUUCAGGGAGUGCGCCUACACGGGCCGCGACGUCAGCAACAAGCAGAGCAAGGGCUCCCUCGGCAUCACCCGCAUCUCGAACCAGUGCAAGGACAAAGAUGGCUGCAACUCUGCCCCCACUCAGCCAUUGAUGCUCCUCCUCCCUGCCCUCUUCCUCCUCGUCGCCCUCUUUCAC